AUGAAAAUCAAAGCACUUUCGCGAAGCAGUGCCUCGCAGCAGGCGCCGGGGACUGCUGUGGUUCGACAACCUCGAAAUCUAGAUCCUUCUCAGCACCCUUUUGAGCGUGCGCGUGAAUACACGAGAGCUUUGAAUGCUGUUAAAUUGGAACGCCUCUUUGCGGCACCCUUCCUAGGUCAGAUGGGUGAAGGCCAUGUUGACGGUGUGUAUUCUAUGGCCAAGGACCCCGGUUCUCUGGAACGAUUUGCUAGUGGCAGUGGUGAUGGUGUGGUCAAGGUCUGGGACCUGACAACUCGAGGCGAGGUCUGGAACACUACGGCACAUGAAAACAUUGUGAAAAGUGUAUGCUGGACGCCCGAUCGGAAAUUGCUCUCAUGUGCCGCCGAUAAGACUAUAAAACUGUUUGAGCCAUACAACUCUUCAUCUGAGGCUCCUCCUCUCGCAACAUAUCUCGGUCAAGGAUCCUUUAACAGUCUUACCCACCACCGAAACCAGCCGUACUUUGCCGCUUCUUCUUCGCAGAUCUCGAUUUACGAUCUUUCCCGACCUUCCUCAACACCUUCCCAGACACUACACUGGCCCACAAGCGUUGACACAAUCACAUCCGUCGCCUUCAACCAGACAGAGACUUCGGUUCUUGCUUCGACCGCACUUGACCGCUCCAUCAUCCUUUAUGACCUUCGCACUUCCUCGCCUCUCUCAAGGCUCGUUCUCAGACUCGCAUCCAACGCUAUCUCAUGGAACCCGAUGGAGGCUUUCAACUUUGCAGUCGCGAAUGAGGACCACAACGUAUACAUGUUCGACAUGAGAAAGAUGGACCGCGCUUUGAACAUCCUCAAGGACCACGUCGCUGCGGUCAUGGAUGUUGACUUCAGCCCUACGGGUGAGGAGCUUGUCACUGCGUCGUACGACAGGACAAUUCGUUUGUGGAAUAGGGCAACUGGAUACUCCCGUGACAUCUAUCAUACCACGAGAAUGCAACGUGUUUUUUCUGCCAAAUUCACUCCCGACAACAAAUACGUCCUCUCUGGUUCUGACGACGGAAACAUCCGAUUGUGGCGCGCCAAUGCUUCGGACCGCAGUGGGAUCAAGAGCGCCCGCCAGAGGACGAAGAUGGAGUACGACCAAGCCUUGGUUCAAAGAUAUUCGCACAUGCCAGAGAUCAAGCGUAUUAAACGUCAACGCCAUGUGCCACGGCCUAUCAAGAAGGCUCGCGAGAUCAAAAACGAAGAGCUCGCGGCUAUUAAGAGGCGCCAGGAAAAUAUUCGCAAGCAUAGCAAGAAGAGCACUUUGCCGCCAAGACAGAACGAGCGUGAGAAGAUGAUCCUGACCCAGGAGCAAUAG